UUUAUCAUAUUGGUUCUUGUUCCAGUUGGCGAAUUCUUAUUUUAAAAUUUCAAAGUAGUCAGUAGUGAGAUAGGAGAAGGCAUAAAACAGAUGCGUCUUAAUGCGCUCGAGCUAAGUCUAUGAUGUUCGGCCAGUAUUCCACUGAGUAGAACGCGAUAAGCCGCUAACCGCUAGCCACCAAGAUAUUUCAGUUUACUUAGCGCGUGGAUAAGUAAGCAGUGCAAAUUUUAUCUCCUGUUUUCCAUGUAGUUCACAUCUACUAUGUUAAGGUUGUUACUAGCUUGCCAGAUAUUUUUCUUCUGCCUCUUCUGUACAGAUGGAAAACUCCAAUUAAGUGAGACAAAAAAGUACCUGGAGUUUAACUCUGGUCAGAGUUUCGAGUUGACAUGCAUCGGACCACCAACAAAACAAUGGAAUUACCCCAGAAUGCAAUUUCUGGAUUCAUCAACAGGUUCAACAGAGAUACCCAAUGUUAUCAUACAUCAACGUGCGAACAAUUCAGAAGUAUCAAUACUAACUGUACAAAAUGCAAGCUACCUUGACACCGGUGCAUAUAAGUGUUCGAAUUCGAAUGGAACGAGUUUUGAAAAUGUUGAAAUUUACGUUUUCGUCAGAGGUGAGUGA